ACUUAUUCCAAGUCUUCUCUGCUGACACAUACCUACCACAAUGAGAGAUGGAUAGAAGUAUAGAACCCUCUCAACUCGAUCCGACCAAGAAUAACACCCACUCCAACCACCUGUGAGAACAAACACCUUCUCUAGCUUAAAUACCCACAGAAGUAAUCCUUGAGGGACAAUCAAACCGCAGACUCGAAAAAGCCUCAAGUAAACCGAAAGUAUCGAUCGACAUGGUGUCUGUUUCCACAACUGCAAUGGCUGAGAAGAUUUCAUGGUAUUGUGCUUUGUUCUUGGCCCUGAUGCUGGUUCUAAGCUGCUGUCAAUCAAGCGAAAGCGAGUUCAAUUCGAGGAUGCUGCAAGUCCAAAGGAGCCGUUUGCACAAGCCCUGUGAUGAAAUCUACGUGGUUCGUGAAGGCGAGACACUGCACACGAUUAGUGAAAAAUGCGGAGAUCCUUACAUAGUUGAAGAGAAUCCACACAUUCAUGACCCUGAUGAUGUUUUCCCUGGCUUGGUCAUUAAGAUUACUCCAUACAAGCAAAGGUAGUAUGUACAAGAGUUUCUCGUUUUUCAUUUGUUCUAGUUCAGCAAGCCAGCGCGCUUAUACCUUUGAUUUCCGAAGAGAAUUAAGUUAACUUUGAUUCUCUUGAUGUUAUAUUAUACAGUCAAACGCUAGACAUGUAAAAGCUGUAGAGAUCUCAUCAUGAUCAGCUUGUAGUAUUGUACGUUGCUUAUAGCAAUCAUUCCUGAUUACGUUGAGAUUUAUUAUAUAAACCAGAAUUUGAAAGUUUUUUCAAACAGCG